ACCACUGGCGGCCAUAUUUUAUACCCCGCGCAGCUGAGGCGGCCCCGAAACAAAACAUAAAAGUAGAUCUCUAUCUAUCUUUUUGUGAGCAUUAUGGAUUCUUGGGUACGCUUCACAGCGCAGAGCCAGGGAAGGGAGCGUAUCUUCAGAGCUGCUCAGUAUGCCUCUGCUUUGGUUGCUUAUUCAUUACAGACGAGUGGAGCAAGCCCAGAGCUGGUUAUCUGCAUCAAACAAUUGGAGGCACAUUUGAGUUUGGGACGCAAGUGUGAGUACAUCAAUGAGAACAUAACUCCUUGCAACGUUUGCUGUCACUUUAAUCAUCUAAGUUCGGGCAUGUGUGUCAGCACAGUGUUCCGGUUGGGGAACUCGGCUGAAGCGCUGGAGGCCGCCAAGCGUGCCAUUCACCUGUCGGACCUGGUGCUGCGGUUCUGCAUCACAGUCAGCCACCUGAACCGGGCCAUGUACCUGGGCUGCGACAACCUGCUGUGGGCUGGCAAGGUGGGACUGGCCACCACACUGGACCAGGACAAGUGGAGCCAGCGCUCGUUCAGGUACUACCUCUUUGCACUCAUCAUGAACCUGAGCCGUGAUGCUUACGAGAUCAGCAUGCUAGCGCAGCGAGAGGCCCGGGUCCAGAGCAAAGUGGGCAGCGAGGCCAAUGGCAGGCCCUCCUGUGCCAGCACCACCCUGCUGGCAGGCAGGGUGCGGGCGCACCUGGGACUGCUCUGCCACGUGCUGAGGGCCAACCCCCCGCUGCUCCUGGACGUGCUGAAGAACUGCUGUGAUCUCUUCAUCCCCCUGGACCGGCUGGGCCUGCUCAAGACCAGCCCGGGGGUCGUGGCGUUCUGCGGGCUCUCCUCGUCCAUUCUCUCGAUCCUCACCAUUUCCCAGCCUUGGCUUAAACUGAAGCCCUAACAGGGCUCAGGGAUCCAGACCCACACCUGACUGAGGGGACAGCACAGACAAUAAAAGACUGAAUUUACUUUCAUUCGUAUCGUUGGCAACAAAAGCUGAGACAACCCUGCUGCGUUGGCCUGUUGAGGCAGGGAUGAGAUAGAUGCAUGGAGCUGCUAGUAAACAAACCUUAUUUAUGUAGCUGACAGCAAACAGAAUCUGCUGACUCAUCGAGAAAUGACCCAGCAGAACCUGCUGACUCAACAUAGCAAGGAAUACAAUCUGCUGACUCGGCCAAAAGACAAACCAAAUCUGCUGACUCAACAAGAAAUGACACCGACAGACUCAGCAAAACCGACUGGAAUCUGCUGACUCGACAAAAAUGUAAUCUGCUGACUAAGCAAGAAAUAACAAACGGAGUCCACUGGCUCAAUAAACCGAUCGGCAGAAUCUGCUGACUCAACGGGAAAUGACUAGCGGAUUCUGCUGACUCAGUGAAAACACGACUGCCGUUACCUGCUGUUUGAACAAAAGGGCCAACGGAAUGUGUGUGUCGCGCCCCGGCAGGAUUGCAGGAAAUCUCAGCCUAGGCACAACUGCUACGGGAGAGCCCAUGACUCCUAUGCCUCGUGACUGAUCAGGAACACAUGAUGCCACCUCCCCCCCCCCCCCCCCACCCAUCACCAAAAGCCUUCCCCCUAAAAAUAACUCACGAGGACACAGCCAUCAGGUUGGAAAGGCUCAGCUAGCAGCUUUGUCACUGGCACCCUGUCACAUGGCAGCUGAACUUGGGAUGUGUGGGGCCCUGCCGAUCACUUUUUGCUCCGGCCCAUUGAACUGAAAGGCAUUGACCAUUCCCAACCACCCCUCCCCACCCAUUAUCUCUGCGUCCAGCGGAUGUUAAUACCCUUCACAAACUUUGCACACCGCCUCCCCUCCCCUUACCUGCUACAUUCCUGCACUCAGGCACAGGUGUUGAUAAAUGGCCACUGGGCAACGAAGCACCUUUUGGACCUUGAUGAUCUCUUGUCCUGUCCAAACGUUGGUUCCACAUGUGCUCGAUUCAGAUCCCAAUUCUGUACUCAUUUCGGUUUCUGCUUCCUGGGAUGACAUUAAAGAAAGCUGAAUAAAAGGAAUGUUGCAGCA